AUGAGACUGUGCUCCUCACUUCACCACUCUCGGAGAGAGAGCGGCGUCAUUCUCUAUGACGAUGGAACAGUGGCUGGAUUACAGCAAGUCUGGCCCAGUCACGCCGCUGGCCAAAACUACUUCCUCCCCGCCAGCCGAGUGGACGUUGUUUCCGAGCUAUGCAAGUCAGGCCAGCCCAGUAACAUACGAUUCCAGGACUUUGACGUCGAAAGCAUUUCGCUUGUCGAUGCAUUCUGGGGAAGCUUGCCGGAUCAGACUGUAUCUUUGCAAUGCACCGCGCUGGAUGGCAAACCCGAAUUGCAUCCGCUGCGCAAGGGUGAUAUCAUUCUAGAGUUGAACAAGGAGCGGGUAACACAGAGCUUCGACCUGCGGUACAUCUUUACGGACGCCCGUAUCCCCGUUCGGGUUCUCCGUGACGGGAAAGUGGUUGACUUUUUGGUCCCUGCGGUCCACAUCGACCAUACGCAGAUUAAAAAAUUCGUCUACAUCUGCGGGGCUGUUAUUCACAGACCCUCUCUUCGAGCCCGAUUCAGAAGAACGUGUGAUUCAGAAGUCUACGUCGCCGCUACCACGCCUAGUAGUCCUGCCGAUAUGCAUGGGCUCUCGCUUCACACAUUCGUCGAUCGCGUCGACGGGAAGGAGGUUGCCACGAUGAAAGAUUUCAAGAGCGCCAUUAAUGUCCCCGAUAAAAAGUUAUUCACACUACGGACGUUGGAUCGUAAUAAGGAAGAGAUAGCCACCCUCAAGAAGUGGGAGGAUCAUUUUCCGAGCUUCAUAUACACCAUAGACGGCUGCAACGUAACGAGAGCUGCUGUCGGCUGUGUCGACGAUCUCGACGAUGAUAACCAUGGAUAG